AUGACGGGUAUUGAUACUCACAUUUUGUCUGAGGAAGCUGAUGAGAGGUGGGACAAUGCACGCCAAAGACUACAUGAUGUUGGUUCUAAGAUCACUUGGGAUGUGUUUAGAGUGAAAUUCCUGGAGAAGUACUUUCCUGAGGAUGUGCGUAGCAAGAAGGAGAUUGAAUUCCUUGAGCUUAAGCAAGGAAACAUGACUAUUGCUGAAUAUGCUGCCAAGAUUUAUGAUGAGGACUAUAAGGCUCAUUCAGCUCACUAUAAGAGCAUUAGUGAGAAGAGAGAAAAGACUCAAUAUCGUGGGAAGCUGUCUAGUGUUCCAGCUAAUAGAGGGAAGAAAAUUGCUUUAGAUGAGAAAACGCCAAGUAGGGGAGAGACUCCCAUUUUUGUCAAGUGCUUGAAGUGUGGAAAGUUGGGCCACCAUGCUAAUGAGUGCAAGAAUAAUAUUACGAGGUGCUUCAAAUGUGGAAAGACGGGUGACCGUAUUGCAGACUGCAAUAGUGUUGGGUCAACUUGUUAUAACUGCGGCGAACAGGGACACAUUAGUGCUAAUUGUCAAAAACUGAAGAAGGCACAGUCUGAAGGGAAAGUUUUUGCCUUGCCAGAAUCAAAGAUGUCUAGCGCUGACCAAUUGAUUCAAGAUGCAACAUAUUCGUUUGUUUCACUUGAUUGUGCUGAAAGGUUGGUUUUGAAAUUGUCUUCUAUGGUUGAGAGUAUGAUUGUUGAUACCCUGAAUCUAGAUUUUGUAACCACUUUGUGGUUCAACCAUGUUCAUAUAAACUAUUACGAUAAGACGUUAUCAUUUCUAGAGUUGGAUGCAAGUGAUGAGUUAUUUGUGUAUGUUAAACAAGUGGACAGGCUCAUGAAGGAUGAUGCCAGCGUGUUUUUGAUACUAGCUUAUAUGAAGGCUGAAAGUAACGUUGUGAUUGACGAGCUGCUUGUGGUGGAGUUUGCGAUAGACUUAGUCUUUAGUACUAGUCCUGUGUCGAUGACUCCUUAUAAAAUGUCCGCUUUAGAGUUGAGUGAACUGAAAAAGCAAUUGCAAGAUCUACUUGAGAAGAAGUUUGUCUCAAUCGAGUGUUUCACCGCGAAGUGCGCCGAUAUUGCUAGUCAAGAAGAAAGAUGGUAG